GACAGAGUCACAGAGUUUCAAAGCAGCAGCAUUCAUACUCUCGCUACCGAGUCAUUCUUGAUUGCAAAAGAUAGACCACCAUCACCAUGCAUUUCCUCUCCGAGUCCACCGUCCUGUUCACCCUCGCUUCCUCCGUCUUCGCCGCGCCGCUCGCUGUCCGCACGCAGAACGAGGUUCAAAUCACCUUCCUUGGCGCCGCAGACGCGCAGUUCACCCAGAGCUUCCCCACCGAUGGCUCCACCGUCGCUAUCUCCAACCCCCUGAGCAUCUCGCACAUCGCCUCCAGCACCGCAGGCGUCACCUGCACUUUCAUCGGCAUCGACCACUCCAGCACGACCGUCAGCGGCGUAGCAACCGUGGACGUGGGCCCCCCUCAGACCCAGACCCAGGGCUCAUGCACCGCCGCGGGGGAUCCCACCACUCCUACCCCGGACCCAUCCACCCCGGCCCCGGCCCCCGUUGAGCCCUCCACCCCCAGCACCCCCUCCGGAGGCCAGGGCUCAUCCGUCACCAUCACUUUCCAAGGCGCCGCGGACGCGCAAUUCUCUCAGUCGUUCCCGCUCGACGGCACCUCGACGGCCAUCACCAACCCGCUUAGCAUCUCGCACAUCGUCUCCGGCACGGGUAAUGUGCGCUGCACUUUCAACGGCAUCGACCACAGCGUCACCACCGUCAGUGGCGUGCAGACGGUUGAUGUCGGACCGCCCCAGACUCAGGUGAACGGGGCUUGCACUGCUGCUUAGGGUGGGUUGGUGCAAUCGCUUACCUGGGGGGGUGGGGGAGGGUUCCCCAUGAUAUGGGGAGGGCAGAGCGUCUAUCGUUUAUAGCUUAGCCAAGUGGGAGUCUUUAGGACCGCUGCCGGGUCCCUGGUCAUUUUUUGCUUGUCUUUCCUUCCUCUUCUCCUUUUGUCUUAUUUUCUAUUCCGGUCGAAAGUGGAAAGGUUGUGACACUAGCACUGUCUUAGUCAGGAUUAUAUCAGCGGAGUGCAGGCUUUGCAGCUAUAGUACCUAAUAAUCUC